AUGGACUACAACGCCCUCCGCGCCCAGACCAUGGGUGCGGGCACCGAUGAAGAGGCGGUUACCGUCAAUACACGAGCACUCAUCGACAAGGUGCUGGCUCGUUACAGUUCAGACUUCACCAUGUUGAGGGAGCUGAUACAGAACGCGGCCGAUGCCACAGCGACCCGAGUUACCAUCAAAUUCGAGACCAUCCCAUCACCAUCCCAGGCAUUACCUCAGGACCAGAGUCCCUCGAGUCUUCUCAAGCACACGGUCCAACAUCACACUUUGAAGAGACUGGUCGUCUCAAACAAUGGCCAGGCCUUCAACGAGAACGACUGGUCGAGAUUGAAGAGAAUAGCAGAGGGCAAUCCAGAUGAGACCAAGAUUGGAGCAUUUGGUGUAGGGUUCUACUCAGUCUUCGCUGAUUGCGAGGAACCCUUUAUUUCUUCCGGACGCGAAGCCAUGGCCUUUUUCUGGAAGACCAACAGCCUGUUCACACGACGCCUGAAAUUGCCAGAAAAAGAUUCCUCUCCAGACACAACCUUUGUCCUUGAUUAUCGAGAUACGACUUCACCCAUACCAUCCCUACUCCCUCUUGCGCAAUUCCUUGCCAGCAGUCUAACAUUCGUCGGCCUGGAGAAUAUCGAUCUAUGGCUCGACGACCACAACAUUCUUGCUCUACAAAAGAAAUCCUCUCUUAGCACAGACAUCACUCUACCAUCCGAGGUCGAACCGAAGACAACUGAGGGUUUUAUGAAGGUGGCAGCGGUCACCAAGCAGGUCGCCCAGAUCGACGGCACGUGGAUGAAUAUAAUAGGCUGGAAGCCACGCAAACCUGGCAAGUCUGCGACAACGGACGGCGGACCAUCUCUCCGGAAGUUCUUCUCGCGUCUUGCCGGCAAUGCAUCGGACGACAGCAGUACCUCGCAGGCCGAUGCCGCAGAAGAUGCGAGGGGGCAGCUAGCCACCAAAGUGUCCGCGAGUGUGUUUCUAAACGUCAAUACUGCCACGAUCAAGACAUUCACUGGCGUGAAGUUCAAUCAAGAACUUGAACGCGCCACCAAAAAACCUCCACCAAAAUACACAAAGCUCGCUGUCUUGACCGCGCCAUACAUCGAGAACGAUACUGUCGCGAAAACAGCAUCAGCUGGCGAUGUGUUUGGCACCGUUCUUCCGUCAAGAGCUGGAAAGGUCUUCAUCGGCUUUCCUACUCACCAGACCACGGGUCUUAACGCCCAUAUCUCCGCUCCUUCAGUGAUCCCAACAGUCGAGCGUGAGUCAAUAGACCUCAAUGCACGCUGGGUCCGCACCUGGAAUAUGGAAAUGCUUCGGGCUGCUGGCAUCGUCUGCCGGAUGGCAUGGAUAGUGGAGAUGGCAGAGCUGCGGAGCAAGAUUCUGCGUCAUGCGCAGGGCAAGAAGGUGACCAUGAAGGACGUACAACAAUACUUGCCUGAAGCCAUCACGAUAUUCAAGAACUUCGCAUUUCGAGAAUCGACGCCAAACUCACAGAUUGGGUCGCUGCUAGAGGAUGCUUUCUGGACCUGUGGGAAGCAAGCAAGCAUCGAAGUCCUGUCAACCUCUGGAGUCCUUCCGAGUCAUGAAGUACGCUGUGCAAGAUCGACCGACCUGAGUUUCCUCACUGGAAUACCAUUUCUGCCAGAAGAGUUAAUCAACGAGGCGAGAAUGCUCGUUGAUAAAUUGCUAGAUUUCGGCCUUGUCACGGAAGUCACCGUUUCCGACAUUCAGAAGUGUCUUGAAGCCAAUCCCCUGAGCGAGAGCCAAGUCUCCGAGUUCCUGUCGUGGUUGACCAAGGAGGCAGUGAGCAGCAAGAUUGACCAAGCAACGAUCAAUACUCUGCUUGGCGUGACCAUAGCCAACGAUCAGACGAACGGAGAUACCACCCGAGUACUGCUUCUGGGACAGGUUCAGCAUUACCUGAAUCCUAGCAAAACGCCCAUUGACUUGCCUGUGCCACCAGAUGUCAUGCCAUUCAAGUACACCAAAAGCUUGGCCAAGCACCAGCUCGAUAAACUCGGUUGGUCAGAGCUACAGAUUGUGCCGUGGGUGCGAUGGCUCCUACAGUCCGCAAGAGAUCGUAAAGUUCUGAACUCAGAUCAGGACAUCACCUCGAGUCAGACAUUCAGUGCGCAAGUGCUGCCCUUGUUGUCCAAACAAUGGGAUUCACUCAGUCAGUCAUCGAAGGCGACCCUCGUUGAACUGUUUGCAGCUCAAACUGUGAUUCCCACGAGACUGGGCAUGCGGAAACCAGGAGAUGCUUACUUCCCGAAUGUAAAGCUGUUCGAUGACUUGCCGACUAUCCAAGGGCUGGGCGCUACAAAGGACAAGUUUCUCGUCGCUCUUGGCGUCCGGAAGACUGUUGAGCUAGGAGUCGUCUUCGAUCGUCUGCUUGCGCUAGAUGGGAAAGGCAGUAAAGAUCAGAAGCCGAAAUGGAGCCAUGUCGAUCUGAUACAGUAUCUUGCCUCAGUGCGUGACGACAUUCCAGGUCAAGACAUCCAGAGGUUGCGUAACACGCCAUUAUGUAUUCGAACAGUCAAAGGUCAGGAGCUGCAGGACAACAAACGGUAUAAAGUCUCCGAACUUUUCGAGCCACGCCCCGAGCUCCGUGAGCUUGGCCUGCCUGUCCUUCAAUGGAAUGGCCCAUAUCGCGGUGGCAGCCCUGAGGGCCGCCUCCUGGCACUACUUGGAUUGCAGAAUACUCCUACCGCCGAAGACCUCAUCAAUAUCAUGGCGAAAGCGGGCGCCAGAGGCGACCAUGAUGUCCGAGACAAGGCGCUGGCUUAUUUUCUGUCUCAUCACCACUCUCACGGGUACGCGAAGUACAACUACGCAAAAGUUCAAGUUCCAUUCCUGCCGAUUGAGCGGUCUCCAGAUGAUCUAGCGAUCCCGUCAAAAGUCUACGCUGAUGCGGGUGCGGCCCUUCUUGGCUUUGGAGUUCUUCGGCGCGAUUGGGUGCCUCAUGCUUCGAAGCUGGGCGUCUCACUGAACCCGCCACUCUCAGAAUGCAUCACUGUGCUUGCUAAGCAGCCACCUCAGGGUCGGCAAGAUGCGCAAGCAUUAUUUGAGUAUUUUGCUGGUCGCCUGGGCGAGAUCGACGGGUCGGUCAUUCCGCGCUUGAAGGUCUUGCCGUUCGUUCCAAUAUUGUCCAAGAACAAGGAGAAGUAUACUGCUCUUCGCCAUGCGACGCCGCAGUCCGUUUUUCUGGGCGAGAGCGAGACCUUCGGUGAGAUCUUUGAUUUCGUGGACUUCGGUAAUACCGCCAACAGCUUUCUGAUAAGGUGCGGAUCUAAGCUGGAACCUACAAAGACAGAGGUCGCUCAGAUACUUGUUCGGGAACCAGCACGCAUCUCUUCUACGUUUAAAAGCCCAGAGCGUUAUUUGACCCUUCUUCGCAACAUGGCCGACAGUGUAGCCGAGCUCAAGAAGAAUAAGGAGUUAUGGAAAGAGAUGAAGAAAGCACCAUUCCUUCUUGCAAGCAGGGAGCUUCCGGCGCAGCCAACGAAAGUCCAACAAUCAGUCAGCAAAGGCGACGAAUUUGAUGAAUACGAGGACGAAGAAGCGCAAGCGAUACGCGAAUUUCAGCUGUGUAAGGCAGAAGACGCCAUAAUCAUCGACGAUUACAUGAAUUAUUCGCUAUUCAGAGCAAGCAUCCUCGCUGCUCCUCAAGAAGAGACGUUAGAGGAGUUCUAUUACUCACUAGGCUCUCCACCACUGAGCACGUUGGUCGAGGAAGCAGCACGACAUGGACCUCGAGCAUCUGAUCAGCGACCUGCUCAGAGAUUGACCAAGCAGAUCUUGGAGCGAUCUCAAAUCUUUCUCCACGGUCUACCUGCGGAUGCUGUCAGGCAUGAUAGCAAGUGGCUGGAGAAGAACCUGCAGAUAGUGCUUGUCUCGUCCAUUUCCGUGCGCCGAUCUCUGAAGGGCCGCAAUGUGACGCACACCGAGAAGCGUACGGCGGUGGUCACACAGGUCGAUCGCGUGUACACUCUGUGGGUUUCGGGUGACCGCCCGGAUCUCUUCCAUGUGUCUCAGGCCUUGGUCCAUCUUCUCUUGACCCGACCGAAGCCGCACUCUGCGCUGACGCUGGAGAUGCUACUGAAGACGGAUCUGCUAGACCUGCGCGCACGUGGCUUCAAUGUCUCUCGUAUUCUGCGUCAGAAACAGGCGGAGGCCCGAUUGGCCGAGAGCAAACGCCAAAAAGAGCUGGAAGAAGAGCGGAAACGGAUCGAGAAACAGCAGCAGGACUGGGAUGCUGCGCACCAAUACGCUGACAAUGCUAAGAGCCCUAAGCAGAAGCAAAAGAACAAUCCACCGGGCGCCUUCCCAACGUCACCAGAGACGAAUCUACCAGACCGCUCCCUAGUGCCCAGUGACGAUCCUGGCGGCAGACAAAAUUUGAUUUCCAACAUCUCGAAGCAAUUUGGGCUGGGGAACAACAAGUCUCUUCAGUCCAUGUUCGGACGACAAAACAAGCCUCAUGGUGGUGCUGAACCUCCGCCCUACGCCUAUAGUGACGAGAAUGGGCCUCCCGAACCAUCCCAAUCUGGCAACAACGGCAACAAUGGCACUGUAACAGCACCUCACCGUCUGCAAGAAAAUCUCCUGAGCGCCAUCAGCAAGACUCGACCUAACAGUUCGAACCAGCUCUUCUCUCGUGGCCAGGCCAACCAGGUCACCGAGACGAAGUCCUACUGCGACGAGCGUCCAGCACAUGACCUUCGCGCAGUAGCCGACCUCAGGCACGGCAUUCAAAUGUUCGCAUCGCCCACCACGCAUCCGGACGCUUUCAUGUCACAAUUCCUCGCCGAACGCUCCGGAGCGCUUCAGACCUUUGCCGCCCUCAUCAAAGCUGUUGGAGAUAUCUUCACUUUGGACCCGAAGUGUCUGAACGUCUUCUACGAGACGAAUGGCAAGACUAUCGCGUUCAAUCGCAAUGGCAGUAUCUUCUGCAAUUACUUCUACUUUGAGCAAUUGCAUGAGCAGCAGCUGAUGUCCGGUGAUAAUACUACGGGGACAUACGGCGACGCGUUCGUAUACUGGUGGGUGAUUUUGUGUCAUGAGCUGGCGCAUAAUCUCGUGGCGGAUCACAGCAGCGACCAUAGUUACUAUACUGAGGGUUUCGUCGCCAACUACUUCGGAAAGGUGAUGGCAUAUCUUGGGCAGUACUACGCCGCGCCGGCUGCAGCUUACGUGUCAAAUAAGCAGCGCAGCAUCGAAGGUCCACAAGGCGGUAAUCAGAGCAGUCUGCUCGAUUAG